CAACACGAUUCACCAUGAUAGAACUUUCUGCACCCAGAGAAUGGCUCAAUUCAACGACAACAUCUGUGACUUAUCCGCUAGAAAAAUACUCGCAUUCAUAUCCUACAAGCUCGCCAUCGAACUCUCAGAACCCUGCAAUGGAUGCAGAAUGGCAACAUUUCGUUCACCCUGUUAUUAACCUUAUCUGGACGCGAAGAAAUCUUCCGCAGGAGAUCUUGUCUCUGUCCGCUUUCGAGUGGUAUGGAAUUUCGAUAGCAACACCAAUAGCAUGGGUGUCGAUCAGAGAGAGAUUAUCCUUGUAGGCUCUUACUGUGGGAUAACGAAUCACACUAAAAAGUAUAUCCCUCCAGGAGGAUCUUGAUUUACUCUCCUUCUCAUCCAUCUCAAACUCGAGGACAAAUUCUGAGCAACCCGACCAUGGCCUUC